AUGCACAGUGACGCCCUUUCUCGAAAUAGCGCUCUCCAAGCCAGCACAAACACGUCCAGUACCUCACUCGACUCUCUAUUCUCGCAUUUGGGAUCUCUCCCAACAAUCUCCAGUACACCGGUUGAAACCGCUCCAAUAGAUUCGGAGCUUAAUCUCAGCCAUGUGUCGGAGCUCAUUCAGCGUAAGAUCCAGUCUAAGACUGUGGUGAUUCUCGUGGGCCUUCCAGCCUCAGGAAAGAGUUCUGUGUGCAAACAGAUGAUGGACUUCCUCACGAAGAACGGCUACAAGUCGCUUAUUUAUAAUGCCGGAAAUAUCCGCCGUGCCAUCGUCCGUGAAUUCUCCGACUCCGAGUUCUUCAACCCUGCCAACGUUGAGGCUUCCCGCCAAAGAGAGCAGUUUGCAAGAAUGUGCAUGGAUAACAUGCUCGAGGACUUCAAGGAGAACCGCAUCAACGUGGGCUUCUUGGAUGCCACCAACACAACUGUCGAGAGAAGACGCAAGAUGGUUGACCUCGCUCACAAUGCUGGUAUCGAACUCUCCAACAUAUUCAUCUUGGAUGUUUCAUGUACGGAUGAGAAACUUGCCGGAUACAACGUUACUAGCAAGGCCUUCAAUGCAGACUAUCUCGGCUGCGACGUUACGCAAUCUAUCUGCGACUUCAAGCGCCGUUCUGAGCAUUACUUCAAGGUUUACGAGCCACUCCUGGAGGAAGAGCUCGAAAGCUAUGAGAACGUUUCUUACCUUCGUAUCCACAACGGAGGCAAAGAGCAUGUCGUCAAAGAAGUCGUUCACGGCGACGCUGCCAGCAUGGCAAUCAUAAGCUUCGUUUCCAACUACUACAAGUUGUAUGGAGAGAAGUACCACAACGCAGUUGACAGCUUCUACGAGUCUGCCAACUUUGCACAGCAUUAA